CAAUUUAUUUUUUGUUUCUACAGCGAAACAUCAAAAUUCAUUUUUGUUUGUUAGAUUGGAUAAUCAAAUUAAGCAUGUGUCAAAAUAGGAUUGGAUUCAAUUGAGUAUUCUUUUAUUACUAAUAUUAUUAUAUGCUUAUAUUUUAUAACUAUAGGUUCAUCUAACAACAGAUUACUGCUGAUUUGAGAGAAAAGUCUGUGCAAAUUUGUUCUUUGGGAAAGUUCGAUUCGACGUGAAUGAACGGACAUGGCUUUUUCCCAUCUUUCGUGGUGGUUGUCGAGUAGAAAACAUCGAAAACAAAUAUCAAAAGUUUAUUCUGUUAUAAGGGAACUCGAUGUUUUGAGAUUUCCAGAGGAAACCGUGCCUUCCUCUUCGAGAAGGUUGAAGCCAAAAUGGCAUAGUAAGGAAGAGGGGAAAGUUGAUAAGGAAUGUGAAUUUGUUAUCGUUCCAUCUGACGGAGGAUGCAUUUCUGACGUUGAAUCCGUUGAUUCUGAUUGGUCGAUUGGCUGGUUGGAGCCUCACGGAACCGGAUUCUCUCGCGACGAUGAUGAAAGUCAUGAAUCAGAUAACAGUUUCGCUGUGCUUGUUCCUUGCUAUGGAAGCAACUACGGCGCCAUGUUGGAGAAGAGUCCUAAAAAGAACUUAUUAAUCAAUGUUGGAUACUUCUCAGAUGAGAGCAAGAAAUAUGUGGAAAAUUGGAUAUCUUCACUUCCUAAUACCUGAUGCAAAAGCAUUUAUGGCUAUGUUUCUGCAGUAUAGAGAGACUCACUCUGCAAGUGUUGAUUUGUUAAAAAGCUUAUUUAUUAUUUUUAGCAAUGAACAGUUGUUGUAGAUAUAUGUGUACAUAUGAAAUUUGAUGUGUAAAUAAAAUUAUAUAAUUUAUAAUGUAUUCGUGUUUAAA